AUGGCAUCAGACCAGGGCUUUCCCACAAUUGUGGACUUGCUGUUGCGCGCACGAGCAGAUCCCAACGAGCCUGGCCCUGGGGAGAGAGCACCACUGUGGCUAGCAGCGUCCACAGGCCAUUUGGAGGCUGUCCGCUUGCUGCUGGGUGCUGGUGCUCUGAAAGAAAAGGUGGACGGGCAGUUGCAUACAACACCGCUCUGGGUAGCAAGCGCCAAUGGCCAUCCCGACGUUGUCCGACUUCUGCUGACCGCGCGAGCUAACCAUAAAGCCACAGCAGUCGACGGCUCCACCCCGUUUGAUGUAGCAUGGCUGAAGGGAAAUGCGGAGAUAAAGCAUCUGCUGUCACAAGUCAAUAUUGCCGCGGAGCAGACUGAUGCCGAGGCAAAAAGUGGCGUUGUGGUACCAGGUUACCCGUGA